AAAAAGAAUCUUUUAGAACACGUGUUAGAAGAUGUCUGGUAGUGGUUCUUUGUUACAAUGUUUUUGGGAUCUUUCCUCUUUAGAGGAGGCAGCGAGACUAUCAGCUGCUCAGAAAAUUAUAUCAAUUCUCGAGGAAUCUCGAGAGAGUGACUCGUUUCAACAAGAGAUCAGUUAUUGUCUCACUCGUUUGGUCUCUGGUCUGGCCUCAAACAGGAAAGGUGCUCGUCAUGGUUACUUCACAGUGCUAUGUGAGUUUUUGAGUAGGUACGGUGACUAUUUGUCGUGUGGUGUCAUUUUGAAACUUAUUUGUGAGAAACUGGAGCACAUCGGGAAUGCCAAAGGAUCGGAAGAAAGAGGUGCUUAUUUUGGACAAGUAUUUGCACUAUUGGCACUCGUUGAAUCUGGUUUCACCAUGUCACAAGAAGAGUUGCCAUUAGUCGUCCAGAAAAUCGUUGCCAUAGCAACCAAGAAAGCCCCCCUGAGGGAAUUGUGUGCAUCGGUUUUAAUGAAAUUAUUAGAAAUGCUAAAGGGAGAGAGUAGAAAGGUUUGUGAACUCGUAUUACCAUAUAUGGCACUAGAUUGCGGCUGGAAUGGCUCCUCCCCCGAAGCCAUAUUACUACUAAUUACUCUUCAACGUUAUUUCAAAGAGGAGGCGUGGUUUGGUGAGUUUGUGAGACAGUACUGGAAUGCGGAGUCUAAUGAUUUUUUAAUUUCGAGAAAUUUUGAAAUGUUAUCAAGCACAUUGCUGACCAGCUCUCAGUGUCAUCCAAGGAUUCACAGUGUUUGGCCACACCUCUUUGAUUACCUCUGGGGAACCAAAGAGUGGGCUGGGUUUUGGAGCAUUGUUAUUGAUGGUUCCUUGCUUUCUUCUACUCGCGAGAGAAAGUUCUUGGCUUAUCAACUGAUAGAAAAACUUGUCCUGCCGUCCUUGAGUAUUUCAGAGGUUGGUGUGGUCUUAACGCCCACACUUUUGUGCCAAAUUCACACAAGCACCAGAGUGGUGCAUCAUUCUUUGUAUGAGGCAUCAAUGCAUUUGCUCGAAAAAAUUGUUCAAAGUGUUUUAAAGUCUCCGAUCCUUUGUGUGGGGGUGUGGCUUCAGUUUUUAAAAUCUUCAUCUCAUUUUCCGGAAUCACUAUCACACAUGCAGUGUCAAUUGUCACUGGAGGGUGUGUCAACCUACAUAGAUUUCCUCCUCACUCACGAAGCUCCUCCCACCUUAUCUGUGACACUCAUGGGCUGGAUAUUAGAGCAAUCCUCAUUAUUAAUGAAACAUUUACCAUACGAGCUGAAGAGCCCUGACUGGUUAUGCAAACUGGUUUUACAACUAUUAAUAAUGACUUACUCUAAUGAGGGAGGCGUGUCCUCCGAGGAUAAGGAGGCGUGUCAGUCUAAAGUAUUGAGUUUGUUAAAUGAUUUAUCAAAAAUUAAACAAGGUCAGGCUUCUCCUAGUGACUUCUGGUCUGUUAAAAUAGCUAAAGGAUUCCAGGAAUGGUUCUCUGAGUAUGAGGGGGAGGGAAGACUUGAUACAAAAAUGUCUUCCUCUAAUGAAGAGGCGCGGCUUGCUGCAAUACACCUAGUGACUGAAUUAACUGAAAAAGAUGCAGCUGGAAAGGAUUCAAUUGAAAAUGUUUUUCUUCAGUUAGCAUCAUUAUUGUACAUUGAAUUGAUAUGGGAGAGAGAAGGAGACGCUGAUACUGUCAUUAAUGAUCUCAUACAAUGUCAUGAUCAUAUGUUGACGGAUGCUCUAAAAACUCCUUCAAGAAAAAGAAAGAAGCCAUCAGCUGAGUGGAUAGAGAUGUUGAUAGACAUCAUUCUAUCGCUUUUAUCACGGCCACAGCAGGUGUGGUCAAGCGCAGUGGAGAGAUCCUUCCAGUAUAUUGUACCUCAUUUGACAAAAGAAUCGUUUGAACUAAUAAUUAAAGCGUUAGAACCACAGUCUGUUGAAGAGUUAAUGGAAGAAGAAAAAGGUGGGAAACAGCAAGAGAAUAAUAAUAAGAAUAGUAAUGGAGUCUCAAAUGAAGAGGAGGAGGAAGAUAAGGAGGAGGAGGAUGAAGAUGAGGAUGAGGGAGAAGAAGAUGAAGGAGGUUUCUUUGAUCCUGGAGCUGAGUUUAUGGCUGACAUAAGAAAUGCUCUUGGAGAUUUGGCAGCUGUUGACAGUGACCAGGAGUCCAUUAUGUCCAUUGAUGAUGAGAGAAUGGAGGCAUUGGAUGAGGCACUCUCCGUUAUAUUUCAGAGAAGGCAAGAAAGGACAGAAGAGAAGAAACAAAAGAAGAGCAACAAGAUGCUAAUGAUGCAUUUUAAAAUGAGGGUACUUCAUCUAAUGGAUGUCUUUAUCAAGCACAAUAGCAACAUCCCUCUGAUACUAGAUUUAUUAAAGCCAUUGUUUUUACUAGCUAUAGCUUAUCAGGGGCACAAGGUUCUCUCUCCGCUCUCCUCCCGAGCUGAGUCACUCAUUAAGAGUCUCUGUACUAUAAAAAAGUAUCCGAAAGAAAAUGUUAAUAUUGAAGGGCUUCAUAGUUUUCUUGAGGAAUUACUAACUAUCCAUAUUUAUAAAGCUAAAAAGUUGACUACUCCUAUUAUUAAUCAGUCGUCAAUGUUUCUCAUAAAGGUGUUAAAAGGGGUGUGUCCUCCACUCCCCUCGGUGUCUCCCAUGGCAACAAGAUCAGCUCGCAAGAAAAGAAAGAUUGAAGCUCCUAGUGUCCCAGUACAAAAAGGUGCAUUGCAGCUGGAAAAGGUUAGAGAUUUGUGUAGUAAAGCUCUCAGUCACAUGAUCACUAAGAAGAAUUCAAAUGUACCCAAUCUGUUCUUUACUACUCUCUCUGAUCGAUUUCCAGAUAUUAGUCUAAUGCUUUUACCUAGUCUUGUUAAUGAUAUACAAACUCCAGGGAAUCAUUUCAGAUUGAUGUUAGGUUAUGGUUUAAUAAGUAGUAUAUUGAGUCGCUCCAAAGAACAGGUUUUGAGUGACACAGAAAUCAUUGAUCCAUUGAUAUUGCGUUGUAUCACUGAUCUCAAAUCAACUAAAGUUGCUAAUUAUCGUCCAAUACUGGAGUCCAUCCAGUCUUUAGUUAUGAACCUCAAGUCACAUGACAUGUGCAAAGGUGAUGGUGUUAUGAAGUUACAUGAAGCAUUAGUUGAGCAUGAGGAAAGUAAUCCUAAAAAGACUGGGCAGUUGACUGUAAAUAUACUUCAAUUAUUAGCUGAGGAUGAAGAGGAAAAUGACUAAUUUAACUUUUAAAGGUACAUGUCAUGUGUAAUAUAUAGCUACUCAACAAAAUAAUUAACUUUUUUGAACUAAACUAGAAGUUUCGGGGCAUACAAUGGAAA